AUGACCCCUGGCGAAGCUCCCCCGUCAAGGGUCACCACGUACCUUCUCUACCUGGUGCUCAUCACCACUCUGGGCCCUCUUCAGUUCGGCUAUCACCUGGCUGAGCUAAACGCACCCCAAGCCGUCGUGACCUGCGAGAAGAAAUCGAUCAUAUCAUCUGCCUCGACGACUGCGAUUCAAUUGCCGCAAUGCAUUCCUAUGACUCCGUCGCAGUUUGGGCUGGUGUCGUCAACCUACACCCUGGGGGGCCUGGCUGGAGCCCUGCUGGCAGGACCUAUUUCUACCAAGUAUGGACGGCUGUUCGCGCUGCGAGUGACAACCAUCUUCUUCAUCCUGGGUCCUAUAGUGGAGGCGUCAGCAGCCGGAAUAUCGGCUUUUAGCUUUGGUCGCUUAUUGUCAGGCGUCGGUGCUGGUGCUGCUAUCGUCGUGGGUCCCAUCUAUAUUUCCGAAAUCGCUCCUCCCAAGGCCCGAGGCUUUUUUGGUGCUUUCACACAGGUAAUGUGCAAUGUUGGGAUCCUGCUGGCGCAGACACUGGGGUAUUUUCUGAGUUACGGGAACGCAUGGAGGGUGAUUUUGGCAACAGCCGGCUGUAUCGGUGUUCUCCAGCUGGCCGGGCUGUUUUUCGUCCCUGAAAGCCCGACUUGGCUUGCUGAACAUCAACGCACGAAUCUGGCCCGCCGGGUUCUGCAGAGGAUACGCGGCAAAGAUACGGACAUUGAGCCAGAAGUGAAGGCGUGGCGUGUCUCGCUAGGGUCUGCUUUCAGACCUGAUGAAGAAGAUUCGUUGCUCACGCCAGCAGCAGCAGGCAUGCUGCCCCCUAAACAGCAGCCUGCGGUCACGAUUGCGCGUGUGUUUACAGACCCACACUACCGCCCGGCCCUUAUUGCUGUGAUUGGUGUAAUGGUUGCUCAACAGCUGACGGGCAUCAACAGUAUCAUCAUGUAUAGCGUGUCGCUGUUGCAAAGCAUCCUCCCAACAGGGGCAGCUUUGCUCUCUGUGAUGAUCUCGGCAAUCAACCUCGUCAUCACUCUUGCCUGCUCGCCUCUGCCAGAUAAGAUCGGGCGAAAGGCCUGCCUGCUUUAUAGCAUCACGGGCAUGGGCCUAAAUUCCAUCCUGCUGGCUCUCGGCAUCUACUUCCAUCAAAAGGCGCUCUCCGCCCUCGCUGCGCUGCUAUUUGUCGCAUCCUUCGCGGUCGGCCUGGGCCCCGUCCCCUUCAUCCUGGCGUCAGAACUGGUGGGCCCGGAGGCCGUGGGUGCCACACAGAGCUGGGCGCUGGCGGUGAACUGGGUCGCAACCUUCCUCGUUGCACAAUUUUUCCCCGUGCUCAAUGACGCACUGGGCGGCCGUGGCAAGGUAUACUGGGUCUUUGCAGCCAUGGCGGGCCUGAUGGGGACGUUCAUUUACACGCGGGUGCCUGAGACUAGGGGCAAAGCCGAUGCCGACGAAGUCUGGGGGCGGGAGCGACGGGUGGACUAG